GUUAAACUUGGAGGUUAGAAUUUUUCAACUCAUUAAGAUCCAAAUUAUUAUAUUUGUUUUGAACCCACGGACCCUGAGAUUAAGCAGUAAAAGUCGAGUUACCGGGUGAGUUAAAAAUUUUUUUUUAAUAUAUUGUAAAAUUGAUUGGCCAUAACAAAAUUUUUAUAUUUUAUCAAAAUUAUCUACAUAAUUUAUAAUAAAACUAAAUAUUUUCAUAUCAAAUGGCGCCCAACGUAGGGCUGUCAAAUUGACAGGUUGUCAAUGUCAGAUUGACAGGUAUAUAAAAAUUUCAAUUGUCAAAUUUAUAUAUUUUUUUUCGAUAGGUUAUUAGGAUUAUUAGGAUAGAUAGUUUGAAUUUUAGAAAAACAAAUUUUAUAAAAUAAAGGCAUUGGCGUACAAUAAAAGGUAGUAUAAUAAAUUGUUUUGAAUUUGUAUACAUUAAAUUUAAAUUUCUUAUAAAUUAAAUAGGAAAUAAAUUUUGCCAUGGAUUUAAGAGGGGGAAAAAAAUAGGAGAAGGUGAAGAAUUAUUAGAAGAAACAGAAGUAGUAAGAAGGAACGAUAGACGUGAGAUGGAAAAUCAAAAUGACGAAGCCAUAAGUUUUGAAGGAGAGAAAGAUAAAUCAAUAAGGAUCAGAGCAGAACUAGAGAAAAAGGACCAAGAAAAGACAGUAAUUCAAAUGUUGAUAGAAAUGGAUGAAAAUAGAAGAAAUGAUAAAGAAGAAAGAAAAAAAGAAAGGUUAGAAGAUAUAGAAGUAAUGAAUAAAAAAAUGAAUGAAAUAAAUAAAAAAUUGGACGAAAAUAAAGAAGUUAUAGAAGCAAUGAAUAAAAAAAUGGACGAAAAUAGAAGAAAUGAUAAAGAAGAAAGGUUAGAAGAUAGAGAAGAAAUGAUUAAAAAAAUGGAUGAAAAUAGAAGAAAUUAUAAAGAAGAAAGGUUAGAGAAGAGAAAAGAAUUUAUAAAGAAAAUUGAGAUAAUGGAGGAAAACAUAAAACAGGAUAUAAAAAGUGAAAUAAAGAAGGUAGGAAAGAAACUGGAAAUAAUAGUACAAGAAAUAAAAGAAUCAAACUUACGAACAAUAAAUAAGAUAGAACAAAUAAGAAAAGAAAACAAAAAUGAUAUAAGAGUGGACAUGAUUGAAAGAAGUAUAGAAGUGAAAAAUUUUCAAAAUAAUGUAUUUGAAAUUUUAGAAGAAAAACAAGAAUUUUUAAAACAUGAAAUAAAGAAAGAAACAGUCGAACAAAAAAUUGAAGAAAAAGAUAUUAGUAAAGAUACAGAAGAGAUAGAAAGAGAAAAAGUAUGUAUAAGUGAACAAAAUAAAGGAAAAACAAAAAUUGAAGAAUUAAAAAAGAAAUCGAGAAACAAAAAGGAAAUUACAAAAAUAAUCGAACAAGAUAAUAAAAGGUACAAGGAAGGUAAAAUGAAAAUAAAUAUAGAAGGAUUAUUAAAGAAAGAAAUAAUUAAAAAGAUAAAGAAAUAUAAGAAACAAAAUAUAAUAAGAAAUAAGAAAUCUAAAAGUAUAAACAAAGAAUUUAGUACCAAACAGAAGAGUAAAAAUAUAUGGCAGAGGAAAAUUAAAAUAAAAUAUAAGCAGGAAUUAAUAAAGAUAAUGAAAAAUAGAAGAUUAUCGGAGAAAGAAAGAGUAAGGACGAAAGUCAAAGAAAAGAAAUAAAUUUAAAUAGACGGACGGAAAAACUUGAAAAUCAAAAUAAGGUUAGAAUAUGGAAAACGAAUUGGAAAUAGGAAAUAUUAUAUUGAAUAUGGGAUAUUUUAAAAGUUCACUAAAUAAGUAAAAUAAAGAAUAUUUAGCAAAGAAAUGUAUUCCAAUAAAGAACAAAUAAAAUAUUAAAGAAGAAUAGAAUAUAAAUAAAAAAGAAAGGUAUUCAAAUGAAGAACAAAUAGACUAUUAAAGAAGAUAGAAUAAAAAAAAAUGUGUUCAAGAAGAGAUUAUUUAAAAGAAAGGAAUUGAUAGAGUAUAAAGUAAAAAGGUGAAGAAAGAAAAUGGUUCAAGAAAAAAGAGUAUAAAUGAAAUAUGUGUAUUGUGUAUUAUGAAAUAUGUGUUUUAUAAAAUAUGUGUAUUAUGAAAUAUGUGAAUUAUGAAAUAUAUUAUGUAUAAAGAUAAGUUGAUGAUUUAUAAUAAAUAUUAUUAUGAAAUAUUAAAUAGAAUUAUAAAGAGAAAUAGUGUGAAGAAUGUAUGAA